AUAGUAUUUUGCAAGUUUGAAUUCUCUCUCUUUCACAUCGCUUUUGCUUUCUUUCUAAUUUUUUUGGCGCUCUCUUUCUCUCUCUAACUUUCCCCUCUUUCUCUCUCUAACUUUCCCCUCUCUCUCUCAUUCACUGACAUGGAUAAAUUAUUAAAAUAUAACACAGUAGAAAAGCUUUUUGCCAUAGGGUUUGUAAUAUAAGUUCAUUUUAUAUACCACCUGUGAAGUCUCGUGAAUCUUUUACCAAUCACUUUAUCUAAAACGGAGUUGGAGAUCUACUGUUAGGGUUCUACUACCAUACAACUAUCUCACCGGAUCUAAGAUAUGUUGAUAGGAUCUUUGUAACUUAAGUUGAUGCUACAAUUGAAGCUUUUUGAAAGGCAUCAAACAGGGAGUGCUAGGCCGUAAACACUUAAAAUGGAGAAGUAUGAAAUACUAGAGCAGAUUGGGAAAGGUUCCUUUGGUUCAGCUCUACUUGUGAGGCAUAAGCAUGAAAAGAAAAAGUAUGUCCUGAAGAAAAUCCGUCUUGCUCGGCAGACCAAUAGGACUCGCAGAUCUGCCCACCAGGAGAUGGAGCUUGUCUCUAGAGUGCGAAAUCCAUAUAUUGUGGAGUAUAAAGAUUCCUGGGUAGAAAAGGGUUGCUAUGUUUGCAUUGUUAUUGGGUAUUGUGAAGGUGGAGACAUGGCGGAAGCUAUCAAGAGAGCCAACAGUGUUCAUUUUCCUGAAGAGAAACUCUGUAAGUGGCUAGUUCAACUCCUGAUGGCUCUGGAUUACCUGCACACGAACCAUAUUCUUCACCGAGAUGUCAAGUGUUCAAAUAUCUUUCUAACAAAAGAUCGUGACAUACGUUUAGGUGAUUUUGGCCUUGCUAAAAUGUUGACUUCUGAUGAUCUUGCUUCCUCUGUGGUGGGAACUCCUAGUUAUAUGUGCCCUGAGCUUCUUGCUGAUAUACCUUAUGGUUCUAAAUCAGAUAUCUGGUCUUUAGGAUGCUGUAUAUAUGAAAUGACUGCUCAUAAGCCUGCAUUCAAAGCUUUUGACAUGCAAGCUCUGAUCAACAAAAUAAACAAAUCCAUAGUGGCUCCGCUUCCGACCAUGUAUUCUGGUGCAUUUCGAGGUCUUGUUAAAAGUAUGCUGCGGAAAAAUCCAGAGCUUAGACCAAGUGCUGCGGAUCUCCUCAGGCACCCACAUCUUCAACCUUACAUCCUCCAAAUCCAUCUGAAAUCUAAUAGCCCUCGACGAAAUACAUUCCCAGGCAGAUGGUCUGAUUCUAACUACGAAAAGAGGACUAGAUUUCUUGCACCUGAAUCCGUUACAAAGCUAGCGAACAGAGAGAAACGGCGAUCAUUUAGCAAUGAUAGGGCCUUAAAUCCUAGUAUAUCUGGAACUGAGCGAAGCUAUCCAUGUUCUUCUCAAAGAGCUCAGGAUUUUCAAAGCUCUUUAAAUACUAAGUUCUCAGAAUUAUCUGUUGGAAGUAUCCAUGAAGAUAUAGGGAUUGUUAAGUCCACGGCCACAAAGUUUCCGAAUGCUGCCAGAACUCCAAGAUCAACACCAGCGAAGGCUUCUGCUACUCCAAGGAGACAUACAACUCCAUCAAAAAUAUCCAACAUUGGUUUAAAUCGCGAUUCGCUUCCAGCAUCACGUACUCCAGCAAGUAAUCCUUUCAGACCAACGCGCAGAGCUUCUCUUCCAUUGUCAACAAGAGGCGCAGCAUUAGAGUCACCUCAUAAACCAAGCAUGGGUCUCCUCCAUAGCUUGGGGUCUCCAGAUGUCUCUGUCAAUGCUCCAAGAAUUGACAAGAUGGUCGAAUUCCCCCUAGCCUCAUCUGAAGAACCCCUCUUCCCUGUUCGCAGAACUUCAUCAACACCUGCACAUUGUUCUUCUACAUCGCCAAACUGUGGUGACCGAUCAAUCACAAAAGACAAGUGCACUGUUCAAAUUCUGGAUAGAACAUUUGCCAGGCCACACAUGGUUGAUGCUGAUCGCGGAGUUCCACAAAAUGGAAGUGAAUGUUCAGAGCAAAAUCCAACCACUGUGGUUUCAAGCCGUUCGUCUUCAGAUUCUCGGCAACGUCGGUUCGACACCUCGUCGUACCAGCAACGCGCUGAGGCAUUGGAAGGGUUGCUUGAGUUCAGUGCGCAGCUCAUGCAACAAGAAAGAUUCGAAGAGCUUGGAGUGUUAUUGAAGCCAUUCGGACCUGAGAAGGUUUCUCCUAGGGAAACUGCUAUCUGGUUGACCAAGAGCUUCAAAGAAACUGGUGCCUAGCAGAACACUAUAACACAUUGCUGCUGCUUGUACAUUAGCUUUGCUGUCGAUGUUUAAUGUUAAACGGAGAGGAUUAUCAGUCUUGAUUUGUCGAAACUGGUAAUGUAGGAUGGGAUCUUAUUUAUUUCCCACAUCCGCGGGAAUGGUUUUGGAUUCUGAAGUUCAUCAAGAAGCUGUAAAUUGAAUUCUUCUUUGACUUGAAACUGUGCCAAAUCUUUUAAAUUGUCUUAGGAUAAUGAAUCAGUAUGUUUCACAGUGGUCA